CAUGUUAUACAGGUGAACGUUCCUAAGACCAAGAAGACCUACUGCAAGAACAAGGAGUGCAAGAAGCACACUCUCCACAAGGUGACUCAGUACAAGAAGGGUAAGGAUAGCCUGUCUGCCCAGGGAAAGCGCCGUUAUGACCACAAGCAGUCAGGAUAUGGUGGUCAGACCAAGCCUGUCUUCCACAAGAAGGCCAAGACCACCAAGAAGAUUAUGCUGAAGCUGCAGUGCCAGAGCUGCAAGCACUACUCACAACACGCAAUCAAGAGGUGCAAGCAUUUUGAGAUUGGUGGAGACAAGAAGGGCAAGGGAACAUCUCUUUUCUAAGUUUAUCAUCACCAAUAUGUGUGGGUCUACUACUGUUCUAAAGACUUUUGUCAAAUUUCAAUGUUACUAGUAGUUCUGAAAGCAGACCAUUCUAUGUAUCCAAAUUCCAAUGCCUGACA